AUGGCGAACAUCAAUGAAAUGUCAAUGGGAGAAUGGAAGAAACGGAUGCGUGACGAUACCGACCCAAGACUCGUGCAACCCGCGAUUCCAGCAACUGCAAACUUUGAACUGAAAGGUCAUAUACUAUCACAACUCCGGGACAUACCAUCUUAUGGGAAGGAUAACGAAGACGCGUACAAGCAUCUUGACGAGGUCAACGAUAUAGCAGACUACUUAAACACACCUAAUGUUCCUCGCUAUACUGUUCUACUUCGCAUGCUACCUGUCACUUUCAAAGGAGCCGUGAAAGAAUGGCUAAAGUCACUCCCUCCAGGAUCUAUCACCACAUGGGCUAAGAUGCGCAAGGAUUUCAUUGAUCAAUUUUGCCCUCCAUCAAAAAUAUCAAAAUUGAAGAAGGCCAUUGCAAACUUUGAGCAACAACCAGGUGAGUCCCUUUAUGAGGCAUGGGAGAGAUAUAAAAGUUUAUUGAGGAAUUGCCCUCAUAAUGAUCUAAAUAGUCAACAAGAAGUCUCCAUAUUCUAUGAUGGAGUGAAUGUGACAACCAAGCAUCUCCUUGAUUCUCAAGGACCACUCACAAAGAAGGCAUCCGCAACAGUAAAAGAGCUCAUUGAAGAAUUCUCUAAGCACACUAGAGAAUACCAUAAACCAAGGAAGGAUGUGACUAGAGGAUUGGCUAAUGCAGCUUCAGAGGACAUGUCUGUAGUUCUAGCAAUGUUGCACAACAUGGAUAGGAGAAUGACUAAGAUGGAUAAAACAAUCCAUGCUAUUCGAGUUGAUGAUAAUGGAAACCGGAAGGUUCAAGCUUUUCACUCGAGUGGUGAUCGUUUUGAUGAAGAUUGGAGAAAGCCCAAGAAAAAGUGGUUGCCUUACGAUGAGUAUAAAAGGCCGCUUCAGAAAAAAAGGCAUGAAGGAACUAAAGCAGCAAUUAAAGAACAUCAAGAGUUAAUGAAAGGACAAAAAAUGAUGAUGAAAGAACAACAAGAGAUGAUGAGAAAUACUCAAGCUCUCGUACGGAAUCAACAAGCAUCAAUCCUUACGAUAGAAAAACAACUCGGGCAACUAGCAAGCAAACUGAAUGAAAGAUCGUCGUGUGGACUUUCAGGAAAUACCGAACAGAACCCGAGAGGAGCCACAUUCAAACCAUCACCACAAGAAGCGGGAAAAUAA